AUGUAAUAAAUAUAAUACUACUCUUGUGGAUCAGGGGGCUGUGGACUAUUACUAUAAGACACCUUGGACGACUUAAAUGCUCCUAAAAUAUGCUCAUAAUUAAUCAAUAAGGAUUAGAAAACUAUAAAAAUGAAGUUUAGUGGAUUGGUAGGAUUAAUUAAAGAAGGUGAUAAAAUGUUCAUAUAUGGGUAAUGGGUGUCUUUAUAUGUAAUUCCAAAGGAGAUAAACCUAAUAUAAAGUGUAUCUAAAUUUUCAUGUGGUUGGUAACAUUGUUUGAUCCUUACUGAUAAAGGACUUUAUGGUUUAGGAUCAAAUAAAUUUAAUGAGUUGGGACUUGCUCAUAAAUAAAUAUUUGAGGAACCCUAAUAGAUAGCAGUUGAUCAUACCAAAAUUAGCAACUUAACAUGUGGCUUUAGAUAAAGUUUUAUAAUUCAAGAUGAAUGCAUAUUUGGAGUAGGAUAAAAUAAGCAGAACGAGUUAAAUAUUUCAAAUAUUAAGAUUGUUGAGCAAUUCACAAAGAUCAAUAUACAAAGGAGCAUAAAGAAAAUUAAAUGCGGAUAAAAAUUUACUUUAGCAUUAUCAAAUGAUAAUUCCUUAUAUGGAUGGGGAAGUAAUAGUUUUGGAUAAUUAUCAUAAGAACCUCAACUCUAAAUAUUAGAGGAACAAGAAUUAAUGAAAAAUGUUUAAGAUUUUGAUUGUGGAUGGAGUCACCAUGUCAUUUUGACAAAAAAUGGAUAGGUUUAUAUUUGUGGAAGGGGAGAUUUAGGAUAACAAGGAGAUAAUAAAAAGUAACACAAUUACAAUUAUUAAUUGAUUGAUUUAAAGGCAACAUAAGUAAGAUGCGGAUCAGAAUCAACCAUAAUAAUAAAUUAAGACAAAUAAGAAAUCUAUGUCAGUGGAUGGAACGAGCAUGGAAAUUUAGGAUUAGGUCACAAUAAUAAUGUGUAUUAAUUUGAGAUAAUUGAAAUGAUACAGUCAAUAAAAGCUAAAGGGGCUACAAUAUUGUUAUCAAAAUGA